CGAUGCGAAAUGACAGGUUGUCGCGAAACGGCUUUAUGUGCGUUGGUUAAACUGCUGCAGCCCAACGCAGGAAGGUGUUGCUAGGACGAACGGUUACUAAUAUGGAUUCUGCUUAAAUGUUCAGGGGUUGAUGCCUGAUCAUACAGGCAGGUGAAGACAGGAUGGCACCAACCCAGCUACUGGCCACUUACCUGUCUUAACAACUUGUUUGUCUGUGUAGUCCAUAAUGGAGUUUGAGAACCGAGAAAAUGGCGGCCAGGAGGAGAUAAGCUCUCUAGCCAGUCUACUGAGGACAUUUCUUCCUGAUGACAGUGACCUCCCUUAUGCAGGCAGCACAGAGCUCCUCCUCCAGCAUGUAGGCAGCAGCCUGAUACAGAGCACCAAAGCUGAGCCACAGGCAGCCAGUAAUGGCAUCUAUUCAAGCUUCUCCUCCCAGACCUCUUCGACUUGGUUUACAGAGGUCACUGACCCAUCCUGUCAAAAGUUGAAGGUUAUCGAAGAUGCCAAUUCAGACUUGCAGCAACCAAGCGAGUCUGAUGAUGACGACAGUGAUGCCACAAUUGACGUCUCACUGACAGACACACCUAAACCUGUGGCAAAGAAAAGAGUGACAGCUGGCAACAAGCUGAAGAGGUCAGAGCCCACCAAUAAAGUGUACGCUUGUUUUGUCUGUGACGAGAGGUUCACGGACAUGAGCCUGUACACCCCCCACAUGGUCUCACACUGCCGCGAAGCCCUCAGCAUACACUGUAGUGACUGCAAUGAAACAUUCUCCUCCAAGGCCCAGUACACUUGUCAUCGCAGGCUGUCAACCUUUGAAGUGUGGGUGGACAGGAGUAAAAUACAAGACGCUGAGAUGGUCAGGCCUGUUGAGGAAACCACUAAGAGCAAGGGAAGAAGAAAAGGUCAGCUAGAAGAGAAGUAUUUCUGCAACAUCUGUGGGAAGGCUGUCCACAAGUUCCCAUCCUUCAUCAAGCACGUCCGUGCCCACAGAGCUACAACAGCCUUCCAGUGUGCUGUGUGUCAGGAGAACUUCCAGGCCGCCUGCUUGCUGCGCAACCACAUAGACCUCCAGCAUUCCCAUGUCCUGCCUUUCCAAUGUCGGCGCUGCCUGCGCAGGUUUAAGAUGAAAAGCUCCCUGUCCACCCACCUGAAAUACUGUGAUGUGGAGCCUGGGAGUCUGCCUUUUGCUGAGGAAAUGCAGUUUAUUGACCAGCUCAGCCAACAGAGAAAGUACCAGGAGGCAGACAGUGAAGAGUCAGGCCUGUCCCAGUACUCCUGCCCCAUCUGUACCAUCAUGUUUGACUCCCCUGAGGAGCUCCAGAAACACAUGAGCUACCACGAUGAGACCAAGCCCUACAAAUGUAAGGAGUGUGGCAGAGGCUUCAAGUCCAAGCGCAUGCUACAGAAACAUUCACUGCUACACAAGACAGGGCAUGACUGUCGCUGUGAAAUUUGUGGCGUGCAGUUGAUUACUCGCAGUGGGUAUAAUGCUCAUCUACGAGGUCAUCGCAACCAGGAAAUAAUCCAGGCCACGUUUAUAACAGAGUCUAAACCUGAGGCUAAAGUAGAAAGUCCAGCUGAGCCAGCGCUAGAGAUCUUACAAAGACUGAAGGUCCAGAGUGAGCCAAAGGUGGCGGAUGUCAGUCAGUCAGGGGGUGAUGAAGAUCCCAGCCUUGUGAAGACCCCCAAUCACAAGCCAAAAAACUACCCUUGUCCUUUCUGUGGGUUAAAGUUCUAUAGCGGUGGUGCAAAGUUUCAGGCUCACGCCAGGAAGGUCCAUAAAGAAGGGGACUUUAUCAAAUGUGGUCUGUGUAGUAAAAGUUUUUUAGGGAAAGACAACCUCGAACGCCAUGUCAGGCUGCACAAAAUAUACACCCAAGUCUUCUCUUGUGAGGAGUGUGGGAAAAACUUCCGACGUAAAUACGCUUUGUUAGUUCACAAAAAGAUGCACUCGUUCAAGAAGUUUGUCAAGUGUGACAUCUGCGGCCAGGAGUUCAGGUUUGUGUCUGAGGUGGACAAGCACAAGAACACCAAGCACAGGUACGACAAGGUGCUCAACAUCUACAAGUGUAACAUCUGUGGUCAGAGGUUCCCCAUGUUGAGCCACCUGAGUGUCCACUGCCACUGCCACAACCUGCCUGACUCCAAGCCUUUUGAGUGUGACCUGUGUGGCAUCUCCUUCAAGACUAGCACAGAACUCAAGCAGCACAUCUUCAAGAAACACGAGGAGCUGAUGAAGCGGCUCAAUGAUCCCAACUACAGCCCUGAUGUUGAGGCUUUCCUCAUGUAUUCCAAAAACAAAGGCGCAGGAUUGAAUGGCGUUAUAAAACAAGAACCUAUAGAAAUGGAAGAAAACAGGGAAGAUAGUAACUCGCAUUUAAGUGAAUCUUCACUUACAGAAAGUAAAACUCUGAUGGAGACCGGUGGUUUGAACGAUGAAGAGAUGAGCCACCUCCCCAGUAACGUUGACGCUUACAAUCUGGCCACACGGCAGUUCUCUCACCAAGCUAAAAUAUUGAAACGCUGGAGCUGCGAGGUGUGCCAGAAAGCUUUUGCUUCCAACUCUGACUUGAAAACACACAGACGAACCCACAGUGGAGAAACUCCCUUUAAAUGUGACUUCUGUGAUCGCAGCUUUAAGCAGCGAGGUCAUCGCAAACUUCACAUUCAGGUGGUCCAUACCAGAGACAUGCCCUUUAAAUGUGACCUGUGCGAGUCAGCGUUCCCCACCCGCUACCGCUACAAAGUCCACCUGAAGAGACACGCUGGGCUGAAGGAGUACAGGUGCCUGCACUGUGAGAAGUGCUACUACACUCUGGGCAAACUUAAUGAGCACAAGAAGAAACGUCAUGCAGUACAAUGGGAAGCUGAGCAGCUACACAAAAGUUCAGACUCUGAUAAAGUUUAGAGGCUAUUUAUCUGAUGCCACAUUGAUGUUGAACAGUAGGGCAGUCCAACAUUUUAUCUGGCAUGUUGUCAUUUUGGUUUUAGCACUAGGGAAGAUCAACUAUUUCUUCAGACUUUUAUACCCUCCAGCAGUGAUGUUUUCCUUGAAUACUCUAGUGAUGUUUAGAGAGAGCCUUAUCCUAGAAAUUAAUGCUCUCUGGCCAGCUUAUGUGUUAACAAAAAUGUAAACAAAAAUGUGAACACUUUAAAAUCAGAUGAUCUAAAGUGUUUUGAUAAGUCACCUAACAACUUAUAUAUAUUUAGAAACUUGAAGAGUAGCUAACAUUUUUAAUCAGCUGAUCUAUAGUAGAAAGUGUAUUGCUCUCAAAGUGCUAUUGAUACUACAAGUUUGGUUUUAACAAAUGGUGCUCUAGUUUAGUUAGUCUACAUAUGUUGUUUCAGUGUCUGCCAUCUUCUCUAAAUUGUUCAAAUAUUAAGUCGUUCCCUUCAUCUCCCCCAAUAUAUGGCAUCAUCUUACCCUACCCUUCCCCUGUGUAGUAUAUCUACACCCCACCUUUUGGAAUGUCAUUUAUGGAUGACCACUUUCUUCAAAAUAAAAUACUUUGAACCACUAUAUUUAUAGAAAACAAUUUAUUCUGCUCUGCAGUGGAAGAAAAACUUGACACAGAACAGCUUUCUUAUGAGUCAAGAUUGUUUCAGACAAAUAUAUUUAUUUCUUGUUGGUGUAUCUGUUUAAAAACAAAAGUUUAUGAGAAUAUUUUGUAGUACCUGAUAAGUAAAGAUGCAUGUACUCAAGUAAAAUGUCACUAUGUCAGGAAUGGAUAAUCUGUAUAUAAUUAUAAAUGUCAUUGUGUCAGGAAAUGUAUAUAAAUGUCAUUGUGUCAGGAAAUGUAUUUAAAUGUCGUUGUGUCAGGUAAUGUAUAUAAAUGUCCUUGUGUUGACAAUGUCAUUGUGUUGACCAAUCAAGAUUUGUCUGACCAAGAGUUAUCUUUCCCACUAAAACAGGCAGCAUCAGCAAACUUAUAGCUGUAGCUUUAAAGUCUGAGAGUAGUAUGGACAGAUUUUUGUCACGGAAUUGUGUUACAUUAUAUGGGCAGAAAUUUUUGUUACAUAAUGUGUUAAUGAUGUGACAGUAGCUUGAAUGUUGUCUGUGUGAUCAGCUACAACACAGCAGUAGAUUCUGUUGAAAUGUUCCUCUACCACUGACAGGGAACCAGCAGCUCAUCCUAUCACAUUUGAAUGUGUUAUUGAUGUGACAGUAGCUUGAAUGUUGUAUAUGUGAACAGCUACAAGACAGCAGUAGAUUGUGUUUAAAUGUUCCUCUACCACUGAUGGAGCCAGCAGUUCAUCCCAUCACAUUAAAUGUAUGCACCUUUUAUUUCCACUGUAACUGUAGAUAUUCAACCUAGAAAGUUUUAUUUCUUGGAUAGAAUGUGUUGUCUAAUCAAAAGUUCCAUUUAUGUACAGCCAGUUUUGUAAAGUGUGUACAUAUUCUUUUGGUGGUGUUCACCCAGAUUUUUAUGUCUUUUUAAAUUUGAAGUCUAUUUUUACAAAUCUUUUUGCUUGUUAGUUUGGAUGGUUUCUAUUCUUUAAUUUAUUGCUUGUAACACAAUCAGCAUACUUAACUCAAAAUAAAAUUCGCAAACCAACUCAAUAAUUUAAGCAAAAGAAGUUGAAGGAAACUAAAGUAAUUUAACAUGAGUUAAGAAUAAUGAGAGAAUGUUAAAGAGCUUAAAAUAUUCUUUUAUCUUUUUAAAACUCCUUUUAUAUUUGUAUUUUUGUUUUUGAAGGUGAUUUGAAGCAUAAUAACUAUGUAAAAAGCAAUUUUGUGACUAUUUUUGUAGAAAACAAGAUUGUUAUCAUACAAAAAAUUGUUGAAAAAAAAUAAAGUUUUAAAUUGUAAUGUUUUAAAAUCUAUUGUGUUUUUACUCAGCUUUUGAAAACAGAAAAAAAUAUCUGUAUAUUCACUCAUUCAUUGAGCUGAGAGUAAAUAAUACUCAUUUAAACAAACAUGGUUAAGUCAUGUGUAUCUCUUGCAGAGUCAUUAUAAUAGGAUUUUAUUUCUUGGUUUGGUUUUUUUUCGUAAUUUGUUGUUACAGUUGUGCUCGGAUGUGUAUGUGCACAUGUUGUAUGUUUACACUGUGCUUGCUAUAACUUAGUUCUUAGUGUUAAGAAAAAAUGUUUUUUUUUUUUUUAAAUUUUGUUGGUCAAAAGUGUCUACCUUUUUGCUGGCUGAAAGAAAUGUAGCUCAGGUACUGACCUGUCUACCAGCUUGAAAGGACCAGUCUCAUUGGCAAAAAAUAAAGAAGAAAUGGAUGUUGUUUUGCAUUGAGUUUGUUUAGGGUAUACAUUUUGCAUGCAUUCUGUAAUUUCUCUUAAAUAAUUUUUAAUGUUUAGUUUAUUUAUUGUUGAUGUAUGAUCAAAUAUUGUGAUAUUAUUUGAUAAAAUAUGAAAACUUGAUUUCAGUGUGAGCAGUUUUUGAAGGCAAUGAGCGAGUAUUGAGAGUUACAUUGAAUAUAAGGAUCCAACAAUCUAGAGGCAACAUAUUUUAUUGAAUUUUUAAGUAGUUAACAAUAAAACAUUUUUAUACCAAUGGAUAAAUUAUCACAGGAGUAA